AGAAGAGCGGACACAUCUGAAGACGCCGGCGGAACCGUGUAUAAAUGCAGCGGCACAACUACUCUGGUGUAGACGAUACAAAGACGCGUUUCCGUCGAAAGGAUUUGAAAGCUGUUUGCCGCCCUAUAGCAACAUUUGAAAGUCAUGAUGUGGUGGUCUUGGCCCCUUGUAUCCGUCCUGGUGCUGUGUUGUCUGUUGUCAGUGGGGACUGUGAAGACCGCCCCCUGUCAGACCUGCCGCAAACUCACAGACAGCUUCAUCAAGGGCUUGGAGCAGACAGCAAAUAAGAAUUUUGGGGGCGGGAAUACGGCUUGGGAAGAGGAGAAAUUGGCAAAAUAUGCUCGCAGUGAGACGCGUCUGUUAGAGAUCAUAGAGGCAGUGUGUGAUAAGUCUGACUUUGAAUGCAACAGACUGCUGGAGCAGAUAGAAGAUCAGGUUGAGACAUGGUGGUUUCACAGACAACAGGAAGCACCAGAUCUGUUUGAUUGGCUGUGUAUUGAGGAGCUCCGACUGUGCUGCCCACCUGGACGCUACGGACCGGAAUGUGCAGAGUGUCCGUCAGGUCCUGGAGGAGUAUGUGGUGGUCUGGGCCGCUGUGAGGGUGAGGGUACACGUCUGGGAGAUGGAGAGUGUGUUUGUGACCCGGGAUACUCCGGUCCCCUGUGUCAGAACUGUGCCGAUGGAUACUACAGAGAAAAGAGCUCUAAUCACACGCAGCCAUCCUGCUCAGCGUGCUAUCACUCCUGUAAAAAGUGCACAGGUCCACAUCACGACAGAUGUUUGGACUGUAAACCUGGGUGGAUCCUUCACAACAACAAGUGUGUAGAUGUGGAUGAGUGUGGUACUGAGUUGGCUCGCUGUCCAUCAAACACAUACUGCUUUAACACAGAUGGCUCGUAUGAAUGCAGAGGUUGUGAUCAGGCAUGUGUGGGCUGUAUGGGCAGUGGACCUGCUCGCUGUAAGAAAUGCUCUCGAGGGUUCAGACUCACUGGUGCAAAGUGUUUAGACAUUGAUGAGUGUUCUGAGCGAGCAAUUGCCUGUCCUGGACUCAAUGAAGCAUGUAUAAAUGAGGAGGGAUCAUUCCGCUGUGAGUGUGCUGAGGGAUUCAUUCGACGAGACGGCAUCUGUGUGGAGAAUCUACCGCCCGCUGGUCCAGAGAAGGGUUUGUUUGAUGACAUGACUGAUGAUGAGGUGCUGGUUUUGCAGCAGAUGUUCUUCGGUGUUGUCAUCUGUGUACUCGCCACGCUAGCUGCUAAAGGAGACAUGGUCUUCACCUCUAUCUUUAUUGGCGGAUUGGCCGCAAUGGCCGGAUACUGGCUCUCAGAGAAGGGCGAUCGCAUUCUGGACGGCAUACUUAAAGGGCGCUGACCAAUCAGUUGCUCAGGAGCUCAAACAAAAGGAUUACGCCACUGAAAUCUGAUGCUAUCAUGCAGCUGGAUGAAGGCGAGGGACACUGGGUUUAAUAGCCAUGGCUAUUGCUAUGCAUGUCAAGCAGGAACGUUUAGGACUACAAAACUCUGAUUUACAUUUACAUUUAUGCAUUUGGCAGACGCUUUUAUCCAAAGCGACUUACAGUGCAAUUAUUACAGGGACAAUCCCCCCGGAGCAACCUGGAGUUAAGUGUCUUGCUCAAGGACACAAUGGUGGUGGCCGUGGGGUUAGAACCAGUGACCAUCUGAUUAACAGCCCUGUGCUUUAGCCACUACGCCACAGUUGAAUUAAAGCUGUAUUUAUGAGAGUCAUAUGGUCAAUGGUUACAUACUUGGUGUAACCUGAAGAGACGUGUGCAACAGAUUCAGGUAGAAGUACUGUGUAUAUAUUGCCAUGGAUUCUUCUUGCUACAAAUGUAAUUUACAUUAGUGGUUCUCAACCGGUCAGAUGUAACAUUGCACACCGAUUAUCAGAAUCCUCUAUCGUACAAAAGCAAGUAACAUGACAUGGUUUCAUGCUCUCGACAGCCAAAAACACAUUUCAGUUACACAAACCCAUAUUUAAUUUAGUCUGGUUUGUAUUUUCUUUCAUCUUAUGUAGGUUAAGGUGUUUUGAGGAAGAGAGCAUGUCCUGCAACCUUUCCAUGUUGGCAUCUGCAUAAUUUGGCUCGAUGGGUCAUUCUGUGUCAGCUCAACCAGAAGUCUCUGGCUCAAAAGAUAUUUACAUUUUUUACUGAUGAAAGAUAAACAUAAAUGAUGAUUAAAGCCAAAAUAUGAAAUGCCAUGGAUCAAUAUUUACUAAGUACAUUAUUUUGUCAGUAAUUUUGGAGCAAAACUACUGGUCAAAAAGUAAUCUUAGAAAGGUGUCAGUGUGAUGGUGCGUUCACAUACAACGCAAAGAAAAUGUUCGUCUCGCUUUGCUCACGCGAGUAUGACCGCUGGAUUAUAAAUGUGUGUUUAAACUGGUGUUCGCGUGAGUAACACAAACCCGUGAGUAUUCCCCCUUCUCUUCCGGAAAAGGACAGGAGGAGGGGCUUCUACGACUUGGUUCAUAGUAAAGUACAACCGAUAGCUGGAAUCAAGUAGAUGCGCAUAUUUUCAGAACUUACCAGGUAGUCCAGCAUCCUCUCUCACUUUCCGCCAAGCGAUGUCUUUUUUCGUCCGGUGUCUGUACAUGUAUGACAUUGUGUCAUACAAUUCCAGGUUCCCACACACCGCUACAACAAAUUUUUUCAGUGACAUCCAGAAAGGCUUUCGCAGCAACACGUCAUGCAGAAUUUUCACGUGUUUGAGUCACGCCGUCUUUGCGUUGACUUUGUAUUUAAUGGCGCUGCACGAAACGCUCGCUUUGCAUUUUAGGGGAACGCACCAUUAGUCUGUAACUAAAUUCAGUUUAUUUCAGCACCUCCUGUUGCAUUAUUGCCAGUGAUGGGAGUCCAAAAAUGGAAACGAAAUAAAACCUUUUUUUGUUGUUUUUUCAAAGUUGUAGUGCCUAUAACUCCCCAAAUAUUAAAUUUGUCUUGAUAUCCUUUUAUAUUCUGGUUCUAAACAAACUUUCCUUUCUGUAUCUUCAUUUUAAGGCCCUAUAUGGUUAAAUUCCAGAGAUAUUGGGCUCUCUAUGUGGAUCCAUGCACAAGUUGUUAAAUUUGACCCAUUUUUAAUUGUGGAAAACCAAAUGUGGGCCACAUGGAAUGAAGAUAGUUUUCUUGUUCAACAAAACUGUUAUUUUGGCAGUCAUCAUCAUUAAUGUGUCCUUAGAAAUGAAUCAACAAAAUAAAAAAUGACUGAUUAAAUUGUACCAAAAAAUACCAUAGAGUUUAAUUGUACACCGCCUUUUAAACAUACACAACAAAAGAAAUAGGAAGUGUUUUACAAGUUCAUUAGCUUUUUUAUGUUAUUUUGCCAUCUUAUCUAUGCACAAUUCUAAGUUUUGUUUCAUUUACUAUUAACAUUUAGCAUUGUUUCCGCUACUGUGUGGGACUUUGUCAAGUUUUGCAUUGCAACCCACCAGUUGAGAACCACUGAUUUGCACUGCUUUUACACAGAUACUGUUUAUUUCUAUACUGCACACAUACUGUAAUUCCCAAUGCAUUAAACUUUAUAGAGACGUAUGCUUCACAUUGAUGUCGACAGCGAGGGGAGCUAUAUUACACACUUGAAACACUCCAAAAGGGAGUCAGAUUGUUAGCCAGAAAGCAUCCAAACCUCUUUGUCCAUUUAGAAGCGUUCUCUAAUGCAUGACCUAUGACCCUAUCAGAGACCAUGUCUAGUGUGUUUGACAUUUAGAUUGAAACGACACUGCAUUGUAAACUCUAUGCGACACUAUGCGAUUAAUCAUAAGCAAAAUGUUAGCGGACAUGGCCAUUAAGUUUUUGUACUUUCGUGCAAGCAUGAGCUAAUUCUUGGCGCAAGUGGGUUUUUGUGUGCACAAAGAGCUGAUGGACUGGGUCAAGUGCAAUUGAAUUCAGAGGUUGUGCAAAAAUAGACUGUAUGCAGUGAAUUAGAUGAAUAGAAAAUUACUUUCAUUUGUGCAUUAACUACUUCCUUGAUUGUCAGGCAUAUUUCUAUGACAGUGACAUGCUUCUUCAAUAAGCAUGGAAAACGAAGUUCAAGAUUUAUAUACUGGCUUCAUUAAAUUAUAGAGAAUGUAAGUAUUAGAAAUCAUAUUGAUGAAGUGACACACAUCAUGGCUCUUAUUAACAGUGAUUGAAUCAGCACACAUUUCACUCUGUUGAUUUUGCUUUAAAUAUUAUAUUCAUUUAUUGAAACAAGAAAAACUUAAAAUAUAUUUGGUUUAAAAAUAUAAACCAAAAAAUAUAUAAACACCUCCUCAAAUUCAAAAAUGUUACACUGUCCAACUUCUUUACUCUACGACAACAGGUUGAAAAAUACCAAUACAAAUUAGAUCAUAAAUACAAUUGUAAAUAUAAAUGUAAAAAAAUUAUUGAAUAAUAAACCAUGAUCUAUAUAUAGUUAACACAUAUCUCAUACAUUUGUAUAUAUAGUUCAUAUAACAGUGCAUCCGGAA